UUUGCAGAGCAGAGGGAGUCUAUUUAAAGGACACCACCUCCUUCUCAUGAAUGAUUCAACAGCAGUUUGCCCCUCCCCCACAUUUCACCAAGAUCAGCUGGAGGAACUGGAUGCUCGGCCAAUGGGAUUACAGUACAGGAUUGACUCUGCAUGUGUGUGUGCAGCUGAGAGGGAGAACAAGCCUGGACAAGUAGCAGCAGCAGCAGCUAUGCCACUGUGUUGUGUGACUGUGAAGAAAAUGUAGGGCAGCCGCUUGUUCUCCCUCCCUCUGCCAUCUCUCUCCUAUCUCUUCCUCUGUCUGUCUUUGUUUCCGCACUGUGCCGCCGUAGCUGCAGUCGCCACGGCGACGGCUGACAUUGUUGCCGCUGCUCCACUUCUGUAUUUGCAGAGGAUUCUCUCUCUAGCUUUCUUUCUCUGUCUCUGCUCACCUCGAGGAUUUACAGAGGGGGCAUGCAACCUCCCUGAGGAACCAUUGUCUGAGUGAGGGUGGGUGUUUGAUUGUGUGUGUGUGUGUGUGUGUGUGUGUGUGUGUGUGAGUGUGUGUGUGUGUGUGUGAAAGAGGUGACUUCGAGAUCCAGACAUGAAUUCCUGUUGGAAAAUGAAGAUUCAGAAUGAAAAGCCUCUGGGUCAUUCUGCAAGCAGGUCCAGCAAUAUAUCAAAGGCGGGGAGCCCGACUUCAGUCAAUGCUCCAUGCAGUUUCUCCAGGACGUCAGUUUCCCCCUCCAGCCAGGACAUCUGCAGGAUUUGUCACUGUGAAGGGGAUGACGAGAGUCCUCUGAUCACACCAUGCCACUGCACGGGAAGCCUGCGCUUUGUCCACCAGGCCUGUCUACAGCAGUGGAUCAAGAGCUCUGACACUCGCUGCUGUGAGCUUUGUAAAUAUGAGUUCAUCAUGGAGACCAAGCUCAAACCGCUGCGCAAGUGGGAGAAGCUACAGAUGACGGCGAGCGAAAGAAGGAAGAUCAUAUGUUCGGUCACCUUCCAUGUCAUCGCCAUCACCUGCGUGGUGUGGUCGCUCUACGUCCUCAUCGACAGAACAGCGGAGGAAAUCAAACAAGGACUCCUGGAAUGGCCUUUCUGGACCAAACUGGUGGUGGUGGCCAUCGGCUUUACGGGUGGGCUGGUGUUCAUGUACGUCCAGUGCAAAGUCUACAUCCAUCUAUGGCGGAGACUCAAGGCUUAUAACCGGGUCAUAUACGUCCAGAACCGGCCAGACACGUGUAAAAAGCUGAUACUGGAGAAGCCGCCCCUCAUGGAGCCGAGUCUGGAGAACAAGGAAGCUCUGGCGCCAACCCUGUCGGACACAAACUCCUCCCAGUACACAGAGACGGAGGACUACAGUAUGGAGGUGCUCCAUGUCUGACCACUCAGUCCAUGCCAUUGGUAGUCCUACUCAUACUUUACACACAGACAGGCCCACAGUGAAGAGCAGCCGUUGUGGAAAUGCCUGGUGGCUGAGGAACGACCACACACUCCACUUCCUUUGAUCCCAGACUGACCCACUGUCCUCCUCUGGACGUCUUAUAUUCCCAACACUUUGUCCACAGAGACCGACAGACAAUGACUAUUUUCUUCUGUCCACAUUCCUCUUACCUUAUACCUUAUUCCUCCACCUGCACCCUGAAUCCACAUCUUGCUCCUUUCCUAGGACCGGACGGUUUUUACUGACUUCAAUAAGAGGCCUGGAGCAUACCACUUUAUACACACACACACACUUGUUUGUACACCUCUGGAAGAGCAGGACUGAGACAAAUGGACUCACAAACAGCCCCGGGGGUCUACACUUUUCUGUGUGGUUUCUUUGCUUGUGGGUUUGUUAGAUUUGUUAGUUUUUACCUCCUGUGAGUGUCGGGCUAAACUGCCAUGGAUCAGUUUGUAGCGCCACGCAUGGGAUCUCUGGAACAUUCCAGCUACUGCCAUCUCUUUUGCUGUGGUCUGUCAACCCCAAGCUGGUCUGGAUCCGACCAGACCAUAAUCUGGACAUGCAUUGAAGCACUUUUGUUUUUUAUUUCCCACAACAAAUCCCCUCCCUUCCUCUUGCCCUUUUUUUCUUUAAUAUGAAUUCAGUCUUACUGUAUAUGUUGUACAUGCAGGAGAGCACAUUCAAAUUAAAAGUUCCUGUUUUAUUUAACUUUUCUCCAUACACACAUAUACAUGUAUAUUAAGCCUCCUGUGGGUGACAAAAAGGGAAUGGGGUUAAAGAAAUGGAAUUAUGCUGAAAGAAACAUCUGAGUGUUUUAGUCAAAUAAUGAGUGAAUAUGACAUCCGACUCAAAGCUCUAAUGCAGAUAAUGGAAAUUCCAGCCACAUGACUUCUGUACCCCAACAUGAUCUUUCUGAAGGCUUUGAGAAUGUAAACUUUAAAAUCAAAAUAAAACAAAACGAAAAAUAUAUAAAAAAGAAAAGCAAGAAUUUUUUACUUGUUACAGGAAAUUGCGUGAUAAUUUCCAUGUCUUGAACAUUGCGAGAGUCUUUGGGCUUAAAACGUCACCGCUCCUGUUUUUCUAUCAUGCGAAUGACACAGCAUUUACAGUGUGAUAUUCCAUGUGCAGUUUUUAAUAUGCUGAUUUGUUUGCUUAGUCACGGGAUACGCCCUGGGAAAUUCACAGCUGCCUAUUUUCAGUCUGUCGUCCCAUCGUUCAGGCUGUGCAUUGAUUGAUCCCAAACAGAUAGUUUUGAUUAAAAAGCAGGCAUACUGUAACUGUCUGUAUUUUAAUUUGACUGCUGAAUUAAUUUCUGCUCUGCAGGACCCACAAAAUCAAUCACAAUCCAUUCCUUCAGUUAUGUUAACAUGCAUCAUAGUAUAAGGUGAAAUAUCUGGUUAUUAUCGAGCGUUUCAGACGAUCUGAAGUCUCUGUUUCAGUGAAAGUUUCUCUUCUUUUUGCCAGACUCUUAUCACCUGGUAAAGUAUCUAUUUUAAUAUUCAAUCACAAGAUUGCUAGAAUGUUGCUUGUUAACUUCUUCUCACAUCUGGCCACAAGUAAGAGACAAAUUGCUCCAAAACCUUUAUUUCAUUUCUAAAAGGAAGCACAACUUAAAUACUUUCACUGCAUUAUUUCAGCAUUCAAGGUGAUUUUUGUAUCAGUGCAACAAUUUAGCGUGUUGCAUUCAUGAACAAUCAGAUAUUGCAAUGCAUGCAAACAUUUGCUGCCUGUGACAGAUGUAUACAGUAUGAGUCAUCUCUGCUGGCGAGAAGCUGAAGGUGCCGUCGGAUGUAGGCAGCAGUUGAUUUCUCAGGGCGAUCUGUUUUGGGGCUUACAGUCAUUGUAAGUGCUUUGUGUAUGUGGGAGCACAGUGAUGCCAGGCUCAUGUUGAGCCUCACCGCUAUUCCAGCAACACACACACACAAACAGUCUUUGAUACCAGUGCACUUGUCUGUGAACAACGAUGGUCAAACAACAUGUGUGACAAUUACUGCUCAGCAGCAGCAGCAAUAACUGAAAUCCGUGCUCUGUUUUUUGCAACAAUUCAUACUGUAGGCUACUUGUGUAUAUGCCCCACGGUGACUUGAGAUCUGGAGUCUAAUAUGAUUUUAAUACAUAAUAUGAGCUGAGGGAUUUUUGUGUGUGUUGGAUUAAGACCUAGUAAUGAGAAGUUUCUUUGAAAUUUCGAUACCCGCGAGGCUCAGUGCAAAUAGACAGAUAAAAAGUGCAAUUACCCUUUUGUUGAUAUUCUAUUCUAUAGUUAUGUAAUGGUGUUUAAUGUCCAGGCUGUCCUCUGGGUAUCAAAUGAUUAUUUCUUCAUUUUGUGUUGUAUUUAUUUUUAAAAGAAAACGAUGUAAAAUGUGUUCAUUUAAAAAAAGAAAAACUUUCAUUAGUAAUUUUAUGCAACGUACACUUGUUUUCCCAGGCAUGAAUACCUGAACGUCACUUUAUUUUUAUUUUUUUUGCAGUUCAGAUAUUAGUUGUAAAAAUCUUGAUUGUGAAUAUCCGUUCUACUGUCUUGCUUUUUAAAAUGCUUGAUGCAUUUUGUCCUAAAUGUAUACACAUUUAAACCCAGAAUCACAUUUAAGCAUGUCAUAUUGGUUAAAUAAACAACAUUGAAUAAUUAGAGAUGGAAGAUAAAAAGAUGAACGGUAGAUUGUGAUUUUUUUGUUUGUUUACUUUCUACUCAUAGGAGCUGGCUCCUUUUAUGAAGUCUAAGACAGAUGAUUUGAGGCCACGUUGGGACGCUUUUAUCAGCAGAAAUGCUCCCCUCAGAGCAUCUUUUUCUUUCUUGGUGUCUCAUCAUGAACUGAUUUCCCCGUUUUACAAUCCAAUGACAUUGUCUUGACCCUGUCGCUUACGUUUGAUCAUGUCUGGGAAUAGUGUAACUUGCAUAAAGGUACAUUUGUUAACUACUGACUGGACUUGAACAUAUAUGACUGUUCCCCUGUCUUUAUGAUAUCAUUCCACAAGUUUGUCUGUGAAUUUACUUUGGAAUAGUAACUGUAAAAAAAUUGUAAACGUACUUAUGUUUUUUUAAAUAAAUAUUGAUGUCUUUUCAGUUUAAUUUCCGAUUAUUGAACAAAGUAUGUAGAA